GAGAAGUUUAUGAAAUAUGUUUUUAAUGAAGACUUAAGUAUUUAUACUUAAAUGGUCUCCACAUGUUUUAUAGAACCCAUGAACCAGAGUUUAUGUUAAUAAGCAGGAUUUAUAUUACGAUCAGGACAUGUAACCAUGAAGACAAUAAUGAGUGCAGUAUAUACGGUUAUGAUGGAGCAUUUUACAGUACUUUAACUUUAGUGCAGACCACUUCCUCCUCUGAGCUCUGACUGGAUCUAAUGAUCAGCUGCUAAUUAACCAGAAUAAAACCAAGCGUCACUCGUUCCUGUCUUCACUCUGUUUAACCUGAAGUUACAGUUCUGGGAUGAAUCUGGUCUCAAAGCUUUAAUCCACAUCCACAUAGCUCCUCCUCCUCCAGUUUCAGGUAGGGAUCAUGUGACUGACUCGGAUCCAGAGGUCUAAAGGUCUCUGUGGUUUUGUUCAGGAAGGAAGCCUCUCACAGGGUUAUUUCAUUCAGACUUCCUGGUUGUCCAGGUUAGAGAGAUACAGGCUGAUCAUUGCCUCAGAGCUGAGACCUCGUGCAGACAUGGAGCUCCUGUCCUCGCUGCUGUCCACCAUGAAGACUCUGGACCCUGGGGCCAUGGAUCAGGAGUACAGUGUGGUGCGUUCACAGACCCUCACGUUAAAGAGAGAACUGGGUUUGACGACUGAGGCUGGAGCUCUGAAGGAAAACAUCAAGAAGAACAGAUACAAAGACAUCCUGCCCUACGACCAGACCCGGGUGGUUCUGUCUCCGUCGACCUCGGACUCCGACUCAGAUUAUAUCAACGCCAGCUUCAUCCAGGGGGCGACACCAGGCAGCUGCUACAUCGCGUCUCAGGGGCCCCUCAGCUCCACGGUGACAGAUUUCUGGAGGAUGAUCUGGCAGCACCACGUCAAGGUGAUAGUCAUGGCCUGCAGAGAGAUAGAGAUGGGGAAGAGGAAGUGUGAAUGUUACUGGGCUGCAGAACAUCAGACGGUUUCCUUUGGUCCGUUCUCCGUCAGCAACGAGGAGGAGACGCGUCCUAACGAAGACACAGUGAUCAGAGCUCUGAACGUCUCCUUCCAGCAGGAGUCCCGUUCUCUGGUCCACUACCAGUUCUUGUCGUGGCCUGACCACGAGGUCCCUGAUGAGACUUCAGGGAUUUUGGAUUUUCUGGAACGAGUCAGAAUCAGUCGACGAGCUGACUCCUCCCCCCUGCUGGUUGACCCCUCCCCCCUGCUGGUUCACUGCAGUGCGGGCUGUGGGAGGACCGGAGUCUUCGUUGCCCUUGACUACAUCCAUGACCUGCUGGUUACCAAGAAAAUCUCAUCAGACUUCAGCAUCAUGAACAUCGUCCUGGAGCUCAGGAGACAGAGACCAUCAGCAGUCCAGACCAAGGACCAGUAUCUCUUCAUCUUCACGGCCGUCUCCUGGAUGUUGGAGCGAUUCCUGAAGUCAUCUGAUCGUCACCUGUCUCAGACAAAGAAGUCACAAAAUAAGAAAAAGACGAGAGGUUCCUCCAUCAACAGGUCGUCUCAGCAAAUGGACAUGAACGACACGUACGCUGUGGUCAACAAACCCAAACACGCCCCCUCAGCCUCCACAGGCCCCACCCACUCUGCUGUAGCCCCGCCCAGACCCAACACUGGAAGCAGGACUCUGCCACCCUCCCAUCACUAUGACAACGACGUUGGUAAAGCGACUCCGAUCUACAGCACCGUCAAACCAAGAGUUAAAACCCUCAGCCUGUCACAUUCGGCCACGCCCAUCUACGACCUGGCAGCACCAAGCAGCCACAGGCCAGGGAGCGGGCCAGACUAUCAGCUGGUCUCAGCUGAGCAGAUUCCAGUGUCUGAUAACGACUACGAAGAUUUCUCCUCUUCAGACGUGACGAGCUUCUGUUCAGCUGGAGGCAUCGGGUUUAACAGUCGUGUCCAGAAGCCCCGAGGACCCAGAGACCCUCCGGUCGAGUGGAGUCGGCUGGAGAGAUAAACCUGUGCUUGUGUUCAAAUGUUUAAGUUUAUUGAUUUAUUUCAUGAACUAAUCUUUAGGCGUUUUUUAGUUUAAAAGACAUAAAUCUGAGAUCUGAUCUGUCAGUUAAUAAUGAACUUCUUUAUGCUACUUUAUAUUCAACAUUGACGUGUGAAAUGAAUUGAAAAGUAAAAUAAACUGGUUUAAGUUUCC